AUGAUAAAGGAGCGCAUCACUUUCGUCCACCCGCCAGGGGGUGAGCUUGAUCCCAGGGAGUUUGAUGUGCAACCUACCGGACUGCUUGGCCCGACCAUCAAUACCAUGCGUGAAGAUAGAUUCACCAUUCCAAUAGAUGAAAUCCCGGCCAAUUUUGCAUCCGUUUUGCGCGACUUCAGCUCUCUGCAGGUCCGAUGGGCCAGCCCCCAACAGCAAAACACGAUUAGCCCGUUUAGCUCCCGCAUAUCGCCCGGGCUUCAUGUCUCUUAUUAUGCGCCAGCGAAACAAAGAGACGUAGACCCAUCCAAACUGUGCACUCUGCUACAGGCCUUUGGACCGGUUGGAUGCGAGUCAAGAGAGGCCUUUACGGAAAUUGAUCACAAAUCGAACGACUCCAUAACAGGUCGGUACUUUUACCAGCACGUCGAGGCCUUGGAAGAUUUCAUGGCCUACUUUUCAACCACCUUUUGCACUGAGCUUGAUCCAGAAUGCCAAGCAAGAGUCAGAGGACUGAAUGUUGCUGCUUCUCUGGACAUAACAUAUGAUGCGGAGCCGCAAACAGUCAAGAUGACGGCAUUCUGGCCGCUACGAAGCCAAAAUCUGGUAGCGAUAGCCGCUGACAGCCGACGCACUGAAGUUGGCAUCAUGGGCUUAGACGAGCCGGUCAACAUGAAACCGCAUGAACUUGGUGUCUCUGGCACGUUAACCGUUCUUAAAGAGCAAACGAAGCCGGGCCCGGUAUUCUUUGCUUUCCCAGCGCGUCACAGAGCCAGUCCUGCGUCAUUCUCGUCGCGGUUCGCAACGCCCACUGGCCUGCAUCCGACGAUGCAGCUUGGCUUCGACUCCAACAAGCCGCCAGUUGAUGGGGGCAGCUGCAAAAUGUAUGCAUAUCUGACGCUGCCGAGGACGAUAUUUGCAGACAGGUAUCAGCUCGCCGAUGAUCUGUUCCUGGCCUCCAAGAACCUGACGGCGGCUCCGUACACAAGCCUUCCCGUCGACCUUGAAGCCCCAGAAUACACCACCUCAGUCUGGGGCUCGACGGUCUUGCUAGAGCUUGCACCUCCUGCGAUGCGCGCGUAUCCUGACGCAUGGACGGCAGAAGUACCCCUCCAUCUCCGUUAUCUCAGACCUUCUGAGACGGGCAUUGAGGACAUUGAGGUUCCAUUCCCGGCAGUCUUUUGGGCGUGCGGGCCUGUACAAUCGGUAGAUUUUACCAAAAGUCCCUUUGAUCGGAUCCAUCUUGGAUACGACGAUCUGUUUGAAGAUGGAACAGUAUUUUGGCAUGUCUAUCCACAAGGGCGCGGGGGCAGCCGCGUCAUGGAGAGCCGGCUUAUGAGUAGUCUCUCCGUCCCGGUGCUUAAUACCAGCGCGUCGGACUGGGUUGGAAUCGGAACCACGGCUGCCAUAUCAAUCGGGUUUGCGUGGAUUCUAUGGAAGCUAGUCGGUGCUUUUCUGCAAUCCGGCUAUAAGAGCAAUGCAUCAAAUAGGCCUGCCGGUGGCAGCAUCGCGGACCAGGACGGCAAAAAGAAGAAGAAGCUAUGA